ACUAAAUAAACACGUGAGGCGCUAAACGCCGUCGUACUUUCUCCAACAAUUCGCGUCGGUUCUUGAUAAAACCAUACAUUCUUGAUUCUUGAUCCUUCCGUUCUGUUGUUGUGUUGUAGAUUGUGCAGCAAGAAAGAAAAAUGGGAUGGGUUUGGAGAGACGAAGACGAACCUAACGACUCAAAUUCCUUUGACAUGGCGGAAUUCCAAGACCCUAACGCUAAUCGCAGCUCCUAUUCACUCGAUGGUUGUUCAACGAGGAAGAUUGUGCAGUCCAAAUGCAACACCGAGGAAGUUGAGCCUGGUAAAUUCAUUAGAAAGUGCGAGAAAACUGAGCAGAUUCUUAGGGAUUGCGUCGGCAAACCUACUGAGAUUGUGCAAUCAAACAAAGAAUACACGGAAGAAGAUGUAACUGGUGAGCUAAAGAAUGGGUCACCCAUCCUGUCUGCUAAUACGAUGCUCCCCUUUGAAUUCCCUGGACUCCGCAGUGAUAUUGAAGCCAUUGAACGUAGUGUCUUUGGGGGUAUCAGCCGUUUCUUCGGAGUCGCUGAUGAGAUGAGAAAUGAGUUUUCCCGUUUGCUGGAUGAUCCAUCAUUGUUCAGUGGGGCCUCGUCGUCAUCAAGGGAAAAUACCCAUUCAAGGCCGAAUUUUGAAGGAACCAAAGACAAAUCUAAACAACUCAGAGUCUGGAAAUUUUGAUCUUUCUGGACUGGCUAGGGAUGUCUAGUUCUGUCGGGUGUUAUUCAUGCACCUUCUAAUUUGUGUUAUCUAACAUGAAUCACUUUGAAACGGACAUGUUUUGUCUGCCAGUCUGGUAUGUGGUGAAGCGAGAAUCUCAUAAUCGAAUAAAUCUCAGCUGGAUUUUUGUACAGUA